CGGGACCACGCACACACAUCCCUACCGGAUGCGUUAUACUUUUGGGAGAAGGGAGGGCCAUAGUCAGCUUAUUUUCAUCAACAAGGUGAGAAAGAGAGGAAAAGAAGAGGGGGAAAGAGAAAACAGAAACUACCCGGAUAGGAGAGCAGUAGCAGUGCACUGGGACUCUAUCAGAGAAGCAUGGAUUAUUCAUUUUAAAAAGCCUAGGCUUUAUUAAAUAUUAAACCCGUUUUUUUAAAGACGCAGGCACGAAGGGAUUGAUUCCUGCUGGGAUUUACAGUAAAAACUAGUAGCCUUCACCAACGUGACGACGCGACUUGAUUUGGAUUCGGGGCUCCAGCGUUUGGCUAUGCGUUGUAGGUUAGAAAGCUCCGCUGCAGUGUUCGCAUAGGGAUGGUACCCCUACGGGUUCACUAACGGACCGAUCCCAUAUCCACCCUCACCCCGGGAACGUACGAACUAAUAUGCAAUGGUUUUUUGUCCAGAAAUCCCCUGCGUUUCGCCGACUACACGCUAGCUCCGCAUGUCUGUCUGCCGCACCGUUCCCCCUGUGCGGCAGAUGCGAUCUAAAGAGUCUAUUUGGGCUUCUGACGCGCCGGCCAGGCGGCAGCAGCAGUACCCGCAACAGCGAUACCGUUAAGGAGCAGGAGCAAGUGGAGGAAACUGCAGCAUUCGCCUUCAUUCUGAGGUAUAACGAAGCGUUUCUGCAGCUAAGCGCCAACGCGAAGGACCCGGGGAUUCAUCUGUUCUGUUCUAUGGUCCAGCUGGUUGGGCCGAGUCGCAGAGCUAAGCCCAACGGGACCUGGCUGUUAUGCAAGCGGGGGGAGCGAGUCCCCAUGAGGGUGUCUAGGCUGCUGGAGCGCUCCUCGACCAAAUCGAUGAGGUUUCUUUGGAACAUUUACAGCAAAGGAUCGCAUAUGCUGCAGUGUCUUUGUGGCAAGAGUCUCAAGAAAACCAAGAACCCAACUGAUCCACAGCUUAAGGGCAUAGUGACCAGGUUGUACUGCAGACAGGGAUACUACUUGCAGAUGAACCCAGAUGGAUGUCUGGACGGGACCAAAGAUGACGGCACUAACUCCUCUUUGUUCAACCUCAUCCCAGUGGGCCUUCGAGUGGUGGCCAUCCAGUCAGUCAAGAUGGGUCUGUACAUCGCCAUGAACGGGGAGGGACACCUCUACUCAUCAGAGCUGUUUACAGCAGAGUGUAAGUUUAAGGAGUCUGUGUUUGAGAACUACUAUGUGAUCUACUCGUCGAUGCUGUACAGACAGAAUGAGUCUGGGAGGGCCUGGUUCUUGGGCCUGAACAAGGAAGGACAGCCCAUGAAGGGCAACCGAGUGAAAAAGACCAAACCAGCCGCUCACUUCCUGCCCAAACCUAUAGAAGUUGCCAUGUACAAGGAGCCGUCGUUGCACGACGUCAGGGAGACAUUGCCUAAAGUUGCCGGAGUCCCGCCCAGCAAAAGCACAACCAGCGAACCAGUGGCCAUGAACGGGGGCAAACCAAUCAACAAACCCGACCCGAAGGAGACUGCAACAUAACCCUGCCCCCUCCUCUCCCCCCGCACGACAGAGACUUGAGACUCUGCCCACUGCACUCAAACUCUCACCUUGAUUGGUCAAUUAUGGGCUAAGUCCCACCUCCUCUCUCUCUCUCUCUUUCUCUUUUUGGCUGAUUCGGUGCAGUGGUGUUCGAGAUGAGGAAAUGGACCACUCCAUUUGGGGAAUGGGGGAGGGGAGGUGGAAGGGAGAAGAGGAGGGGAGAAGGAGGAGGAAGGUGUUGACGAGGAGGAGGAGGAAGGGAAGGAGGAGGAGGGGGAUUGGCUGAUUUGUAUCGGCUAGAUAAACUACAAACUUGGACAGCAGAAUGCCCUACCUACGUGAUACGGAAUGCCUUUUUCAAAUCCUUACGAUUAUUUUUCUGUGACAAUCUGUGAGAAUGAUGACGAAGCGUUUUUUUUCCCUCUUCCUUUUUGCCAGGUAGCCUUGCCUGCUGAUGGCUACCCAUAAGCCCCCUCUCUCACUCUGACGCACUAUAGCAACAGAGUCCAUCCAUAUUGACCACAGUCUGUUUGUUCGUCUGUUUACCAAUUUGUUUGUUUAUAAUUCUAUACCCAAAAUGCACCAGCGACGGUCUGGAUAGAUUGUUGUACAGACACAAAACAGGAUUGUCAUCUUCUAUUUUUCAAAUGAUUGUCUCUCUCUCUCUCUCUCUCUCUGUCUCUCUCAUUCUUUCUUAGCUUCUCUCUCUCGCUCCCUCUCUCAUUCCUUCAUUCUAUCUUAGUUUCUUUCUCUCUCUGUUUCUCUCUCUCUCAUUCUUUCUUAGUUUCUUUCUCUCUCUGUUUCUCUCUCUCUCAUUCUUUCUUAGCUUCGCUCUAUCUCUACCUCCACAUCUCUAUUCUAUUUCUUACUAUCACUAUUUUCUCUGUGUGUGUUUGUAGGUUCAUUUAGGCAGUGAAUGAUACAGGAGGGCAAUACUUGUAUUUUGUAAGACAUGUAUAGAGGGAGAGGACUGGGGCUGGGGAUGAGAUGUUAAUGCGUUGGUAGUAUUGAGGAGGUAGCAGAUGCAAAGCAUGGUAGGUAGGUAGAGUGCAUGGUAGCAGAGUAGCUAGCAUGCCCAGAGAAGCUAUGAGUUUCUAUCCAGAGCCAUGGUCAAUUCAGGACAUGAAUUGAAAUUCCAAUUCAAUAUUUGAAAAGUGCCAAAAGUUGCACAAGGGUGACCGACAUGUAGCAUUUUCACUGGCAACGUAUAGGUAACUGCCUAAAAUAAUGGAAACACUUGAGUAAAUGAGGGAUGCCAAGUAUAUUGAAAGAAUGUGCUUCCACACAGGUGUGGCUCCUGAGUUAAUUAAGCAAUUAACAUCCCAUCUUAGGGUAAUUUAUAAAAAUGCUGGGCAGGCCAUUAUAUUGGCUACCAUGGCUAUGCCCCCCUAGGAUGAUAAGGGUCCCCCAUCCACAGGGCAGAAGUGGUAACUGAACGUUUUGAUGAGCAUGAAGAUGGUGUAAACCACAUGGCCGCACAGUCACCAGAUCUCAACCCAACUGAACACUUAUGGGAGAUUCUGGAGUGGUGCCUGAGACAACGUUUUCCGUCACCAUCAACAAAACGCAGGUUAGUGUUUUUUGUCAUGAAUCUUGUUCUGGGGGCAGUUCUGUAGAGUGGUCACUAGCUCGCUUGCACAGGCACAAAUCAUAAAAUCUGAUUUUAAACCUAACUUUUAACCUUGAUGCCUAACCCUAACCUUAAAUUAACACCAAAAAGCCCAUUUUCACUUUGCAGCUGGCCUAUCUAAGGUGAAAUCGCUCAGUUCUGCCUCUAGGACAAGACUUAUGACAAUAAACGUCAUCCUGCCAACAAAACACCAAAUGAUGGAAUUUCUUGCAGAAGAAUAGUGUUGCAUCCCUCCAAUAGAGUUCCAGACACUUGUAGAAUCUAUUCCAAGGUGCAUUGGGGCUGUUCUGGCUCGUGGCACAACGCCCUGUUACGACACUAUGUUGGUGUUUCCUUUAUUUUGACAGCUCCCUGUACAUGCACACAUAGUGAAGUUGACAAAGUCGAAGAACGUACAAAAAAUAUUGAAAGAACAGAGUCACUACAGGGAACAGUCCUAAACAGACCAGUCAAAGAAGUGAUGUUGGAGGUUUAGCUGUUAGCUGGCAUUGGUAAGAGGUACGCUGCGGUAGUCCUAUAUCUGUUGGCUUUCACACUGUGACUACAAACCUCCCAUCCCGUCUUGGAGUUGUAGCUUUCUCAUUUAGAAGCCAUUGAUACUUUGACGUUACCCGUCGUUUGACUUUACCCAAACUUUACCGAAACUCCCUUAUUUCUAAAUGAAAUAAGGGAAUGAUGUUGGUCUGUUACGUUUUUGUGCUGAAAUGUUUACUGUGAGGAUCAAGAUCUGUCACUUCCUGUAUAAGUAGCAGAGGUAGUUCGCUGAGCCUGUAACCGUGCCUGGGACCUGAAGGCUCACGUUAGCUCCAAGAGCUUAUAACAACAGUCAGCCACUGUAAAGUCUAUGAGCAAAACGGGCCAUGGAUGCCGAAUUUGCCCUGUGGCCCAGGCUGCUCAUUGGCCACCGUAAACUUGCUAGCUGGGUGAGAUCAUAGAGAAACCACUCGAAAAGGUACGGUGUAUAAAAAUGAAAAGAUUCCACUGGGCUGUUUGUGGGAAUGUGUUGAAGCAACAUUUGCUGUACUUGUCCAGUGUUUUGUCUGUACCAAGCUGAACAAAAGCUGCUGUUCUUGGCAAAGAAAUGUAGAACUACAAUUUGAUGGUGUUGUGUCUUUGAGUUAAUGGUGUUUCUGUUCCUGUUGAAACCAGAGUCCUUUAAUAUGGAGAGUUGGGCCAACUGUAGAGCUGGGCACCACAUUGCUGCCUCUUGAGGAUUCAAUAUUGCCCAGUGACACGAACGUGGCUGCCAUCGAGCUCUGUGAUGUCAUAGUUCAGACUGCAUUGGCCAAACUCUCUCUAAGAUCUCUGAUUGAAUCCUGCCAUCGGUGAGCUCUAUGUGCUGCUGGAUUCUGAAUCUCUAACUGACUACUUCAAGUGAGACUGGAUCAGUUUUUGUCAAAUUGAAUUGAAUUGACUGUGCACAUGUACAAACCUCUCUCUCUUUCUCUCUCCCUUUCUUUCUCUUUCUUUCUCAACAUUCCAUCUCAUUCUUCCCCUUACCCCUGCCCACCCCUUUCUCUAUCUCUCCAUCUGUCUCUCUCUCUCUCAGUCUAUACGUCUCUCACCUGUUGCAUGGUAAACAAGAAAGGCAGUGGAGAUAAGCAUGUAGUACUGUAGCCUAUGUGUAUCAAGUCAAAACAAAAAUAAGAAAAAAAAGAGAUUGUGUCGGUAAGUGUACCGCUAACUUUACAUACAUAUAUAUGCAAAAGAGUUUGUCUGCACUGUACAGUUUGUGUCUCCAUUGUAUACACAGAUACAACAUAUUGAAUAAAAUAUUUAUAUGAAGGAGA